CCAUCAGAUAAGAGAAACACACACACACUGGGACACAUACAAACUCUCCCUUUCACUAGACUCUUUUUUUGGUCCAUUCAACCCAAUCCAUCCAUGGCGCUUCUACAUUCUCCAGCUUCUACUAAUACGAAUAAUAAUAAUAAUUCCUCAUUUCUAAAUAAUCGCCGAUAUUUCAUUCACAAUCCAAUCUUAUCUCCUCUGAAAUUACCACUAGGCGGUCCGAAUUCAGCAGCACUCAAGAUCAAACACAAAAACAGCAUCCAUCGCGUCCGUAUUCGCGCGUCCGCAACUCUAGAAUCCAGCAACGGUGCGGCCACCGUGUCCAUCGGCAUUGAGAAUUCAGCUGCUCCGUCUACUAUUCCUUAUGGUAGACAGUACUUCCCUCUCGCUGCAGUUGUUGGUCAGGAUGCUAUUAAGACUGCACUUUUACUUGGGGCUAUUGACCGUGAGAUCGGAGGGAUUGCAAUCUCUGGCAAAAGAGGAACUGCCAAGACGGUUAUGUCACGCGGGUUGCAUGCAAUUCUGCCUCCAAUUGAUGUCGUUGUUGGUUCAACUUCAAAUGCUGAUCCAUCUUGCCCAGAAGAGUGGGAAGAUGGACUUUCUGACAGAGUGGAAUAUGACUCUGCUGGUAAUGUCAAGACCCAAGUAGUCAAAUCACCAUUUGUACAGAUUCCACUUGGUGUUACAGAAGAUCGACUAAUUGGAUCUGUUGAUGUUGAGGAGUCUGUCAAGACUGGAACCACUGUAUUCCAGCCAGGUCUUUUGGCUGAAGCACAUAGAGGAGUUCUUUAUGUUGAUGAAAUCAACUUACUAGAUGAGGGUAUAAGUAAUUUGCUUCUGAAUGUGUUGACGGAUGGUGUUAACAUUGUUGAAAGGGAAGGAAUCAGCUUUCGUCAUCCAUGCAAGCCGCUGUUAAUCGCUACUUAUAAUCCAGAAGAAGGUGCUGUACGUGAACAUUUACUGGAUCGUAUUGCAAUCAAUUUAAGUGCAGAUCUCCCAAUGAGUUUUGAGGAUCGUGUUGCUGCUGUAGAGAUAGCAACACAGUUUCAAGAACAAAGUAAUGAGGUUUUUAAAUUGAUGGAGGAAGGAACAGACUCCGCAAAGACUCAGAUUAUUUUGGCAAGGGAAUACUUGAAGGAUGUUAGCAUUAGCCGAGAGCAAUUGAAGUACCUGGUCAUGGAAGCUCUCCGCGGUGGUUGCCAGGGACAUCGUGCUGAACUAUAUGCUGCACGUGUUGCCAAAAGUUUGGCUGCUCUGGAAGGUCGUGAAAAGGUUAAUGUGGAUGACCUCAAGAAAGCUGUAGAGCUUGUCAUUCUUCCUCGUUCAAUAUUUAACGAGACCCCCCCGGAACAGCAACAACAGCAACCUCCGCCACCACCACCCCCUCCACAAAGUCAAGAAUCUGAGAACCAGAAUGAAGAAGAGGAGAAAGAGGAUGAAGAUAAGGAAGAUGAUGAAAAUGAAAAUGACGAGGAGAAUGAACAGCAACAGGAUCAAAUACCUGAAGAAUUUAUCUUUGAUGCAGAAGGUGGUCUCGUGGAUGAGAAACUUCUCUUCUUCGCACAGCAAGCACAAAGGAAAAAAGGUAAAGCCGGGAGAGCAAAGAAUGUCAUUUUCUCAGAAGACCGAGGUCGAUAUAUUAAACCGAUGCUUCCCAAGGGUCCAGUAAAACGAUUAGCUGUUGAUGCUACUUUACGAGCAGCUGCACCAUAUCAAAAAUUACGUAGAGAAAAGGACUUACUAAAGGUUAGGAAAGUUUUUGUAGAGAAGACAGAUAUGAGAGCUAAACGAAUGGCACGGAAAGCAGGCGCCUUGGUUAUAUUUGUGGUUGAUGCUAGUGGAAGCAUGGCACUAAAUCGAAUGCAGAAUGCAAAGGGUGCAGCACUUAAACUAUUAGCAGAAAGCUAUACAAGCAGAGAUCAGGUGGCCAUCAUUCCCUUUCGUGGAGAUGCUGCAGAAGUUCUUCUACCUCCUUCUAGAUCCAUUUCAAUGGCUAGGAAACGUCUAGAGAGGCUUCCAUGUGGUGGAGGAUCUCCGCUCGCUCAUGGACUUACCACCGCCGUUAGGGUUGGAAUAAAUGCAGAGAAGAGUGGCGACGUUGGACGUAUAAUGAUUGUAGCAAUAACCGAUGGUAGAGCAAAUAUUUCACUCAAAAGAUCUAAUGAUCCUGAAAUGGCUUCAGAUGCACCAAGGCCUACUUCUCAAGAGUUAAAGGAUGAGAUACUCGAAGUGGCUGGUAAAAUUUACAAAGCUGGAAUGUCUCUUCUUGUCAUUGACACGGAAAAUAAGUUUGUUUCAACUGGUUUUGCCAAAGAGAUUGCUCGAGUCGCCCAAGGAAAAUAUUAUUACCUUCCUAAUGCUUCUGAUGCUGUGAUCUCUGCUGCAACAAAGGAUGCACUAUCAACUUUGAAGAACUCAUAAAUCACAAAAAUGCAACAAAAUUGUAACAUGUCUGUUGCGGUAUUUGUUUCCACUAAAAGUGAGACACGAGGAUGGACCCAUUGUCAUGACACUAUUUUUUGAGCCUUGUUCAUAUCCUAACUUCCAAUAUAUAUCCAAAAUAGUAAUCAUUUUGGUUUA